AUGAUAUUCAACUUUUGAUCAGCUGUGUUUAUACUCGAUUUCUUAAUGAGUGUUCAGCGUAAGUCUGAUUACUUAAAAGAUCGCGCUAUUAAUAUUCUCAUAUCAAUCAGAAUACGUUUAAAACUUCACCUGUAAGAUUAUUAAGCACAACUAUCGCUAUGUAUAAAGUUUCAAUAAUAAGCCUAUUCUUCAUCUGUGCUGCAACUGUGAGUUCAGCCUGCAAAGUUGACUGUAGAACUGUUCGUUGCGCGGCUCCUAUAUGUGAUCCAGGUUAUGAAUCAUUUAAACCUCCUUGUGAAUGCUGUAAUAAGUGCAGAAAAAUUAAAGGCCCACCGUGCAAAGCUGAUUGUAGUACAGUUGAUUGCGCAUAUGUUGAAUGUGAUCCAGGUUAUGAAUCGUAUACACCUCCUUGUGAAUGCUGUAAUAAGUGCAGGAAAAUAAAAAAUCCGCCCUGUAAUGUUGACUGCAGAACCGUUCUUUGCGCUGCUGUUGAAUGUGCUCCAGGUUAUGAAUCGUAUACACCUCCUUGUGAAUGCUGUAAUAAGUGCAAGAAAAUUAAAAACCCACCCUGUGAAGUUGAUUGUACAGAACCCUGCCCAUUAAUAAAAUGUGCUCGAGGUUACACAUCUGUAAAGCCUCCUUGUAAAUGCUGCAAUGAGUGCAAAAAAAUAGAAACACCGCCAGGUUCAGAAGUGUGCGAAACCAUCGAUUGUAACGGAAAUGAAUGUCCAAUAGUUGACUGCAUUGAAGGUUAUAAGCCAGUAAGGUCUGAGUGUGGUUGUUGCGAUAAGUGUGUACCAAUAAAAAAAUUUUCAUCAAAUGUUCCAACCACUCGCACAGAAGAAUGCAAUGUGAAUUGCUCAAAAAAACACUGUCCACAAAUAAGAUGCAGGACAGGUUACAAGCUUGUAAAACCGAAAUGCGCCUGCUGUGAAGAGUGUCAAAAAAUUAAAGAUACUUGUGGUAAAGAUGAAGUUUAUAAUGAUUGCGGAUCUGCAUGUCCCAAAACUUGUGCCAACUUGGGAAAAGAUCAAGUCUGCACUAAGCAGUGCGUCGAAGGUUGUUUUUGUCAAGAAGGAUUAGUUAGAAAUGACAGCGGUAAAUGUGUUCACCCAAAUCAAUGUCCAAAAAAACCAUCAGACACUUGCGGGAAAAAUGAAGUUUACAGUGAAUGUGGCUCUACAUGUCCUAAAACUUGCGCUAAUUUAGGAAAAAAUCAAGUCUGCUCUUUUCUAUGCGUCAAGGGUUGUUUUUGUCGAGAAGGAAUGGUUAGAAAUGACAAGGGUGAAUGUAUACAACCAAGUCAAUGUCCAAAAAGCUCAUGUAAAAAUACUCAAGAAGAUUCUACUUCUGAUUCGGAGUCAGAUGAAGGAGACUAACAUGUGAAUUAUUAUUGAUACACAAGCUAUUUGUUUUUUUUCUACGGAAGAAGUAUACUGAAUAAAAUUUUUAAAUGAAACGUAA